ACUUGUUAAGAUCCAAAGAGUUUCUUUCUAAGAGGAAAGCAAAACGCUGCGUUUUGAGGCUACACACUAACACAGCAACUCGGGCGGAUUCGGUUACCACUCGUGUCCGUCCUGUUUCUUCUUUCUGAGUCUAUCAGUCACUCACGCCGAGAAAAGAUACAUGUGACUCGUCGUGGAAAGCGAUGCAUAAACAGACAAAUUGAGAGCUCAAGUUCAGAAUUUGAACUUUAUUAUGAAAAAGACGAAGCUUUGUGUCAUAAAUAGCUAUGAACAAGAAGAGUUUAGCGAUUCUGUUACGCGCCAGAAUGAGACCUAACAACUCAACCAAACUGGCUCUCGCUCCUCUAACUAAUGAGGUGAAUCUGAUGCAAUCCUCUGGUUCACAUGCUGCGCAACAUGUUCCAGAGAAUGAGAACAAGUCGCGGAAAGAAUUUGAGCAUGUACGAGAAUCAAUGCGCCUGGCGAUAUCAAUGAAUAAAACUGAAGUUUUAGAUACAGUGCUUAAUGAUUUUUCAGAGGGAUAUUUUAGCCUUUCUUAUGAUAAUCGUCGGAGACUACUGCUUGUACUAGCGAAAGAGUUUGAUCUAAAUAGAACACAAGUUCGCGAAUUGAUCAAGCAAUAUCUUGGAGUGUCAGGUGAGGAAGCACAAUUAGCUGGCGCUGAAGAGGACGGUGGUUAUCCUGCUGGUUUUUACCGAAUUGAGCGGAAUUUGAGACAUGCUCUUAAGCCGAUGUAUGAAUCUCUUUUUGAGCAGCUUAACAUGCAUCCUGGAGGGUUGAAGUUUCUAUCAUGUCUUCGAGCUGAUAUUUUAUCUAUUAUCGCAGAGGAGAAUAUUGCAUCCUUGCGAGCAUUGGAUUCCUACCUAAAGGAGAAACUUAGUACUUGGCUUAGUCCUGCGGUUUUGGAGCUAUAUCAAAUUACUUGGAAUGACCCAGCUUCUUUGCUGGAGAAAAUUGUGGCUUACGAGGCUGUGCAUCCAAUCAGCAACCUUAUAGAUCUAAAAAGAAGGCUGGGGGUUGGCCGCCGGUGUUUUGGGUAUUUUCAUCCGGCAAUACCUGGUGAACCUCUCAUUUUUAUUGAAGUUGCACUGUUGAAGAAUGUAGCUCAGACAAUUCAGGAAGUUUUAUGGAAUGAUCCUCCCAUACCUGAAUGUGAAGCAACAUGUGCAUUGUUUUACUCUAUAUCCUCAACUCAGCCUGGCUUGGCAGGGAUCAAUCUAGGAAAGUUUCUAAUUAAACGUGUGAUUACCCUGGUGAAAAGAGAUAUGCCACAGAUUUCUACUUUUGCAACGCUUAGCCCAGUCCCAGGGUACAUACAAUGGCUUCUACCGAAGUUGGCAUCUCAGUUGAAGCUAGCUGAAGUGGAGGGCAUAUCACAAUCAUUGGAAGAUAGAUCAAAUUCUACUUUUCUGGACAAUUUACUUGAACCAGAAGAAGAAAAAGCACUAAUGGAUUUAUCCGAUUGCAGGGAGUCUGUUGCUGGGAGAAAUGGCACAGAUAUAUUGUUAAACUUGCUGACAUCAAGAAACCACGAGUGGAGCAAUUCAGACAAAUUGCUUUCAGUUCUAAAAGCCCCUCUCUUACGACUUUGUGCCAGGUACCUUCUGCAAGAGAAAAAAAGAGGAAAGGCUCUAGACUCUGUUGCAAACUUUCAUUUGCAAAAUGGAGCGAUGAUUGAAAGAAUAAAUUGGAUGGCAGACCGAUCAGAAAAAGGCCUUAAUCAAAGUGCUGGCAUCAUGGUAAAUUAUGUGUACAGACUAGGGCAUAUUGAAGAGUAUGCUCAAUCAUAUUUCAGCACUGGGAACAUCCAUGCAUCCGAUGAUGUUCGCUGCUAUGCUGAGCCGUCGAAGGGACAAGACAAGAAGAAAAACCAGAUUGAGGAUAAUAUGCCUUGAAAAUUUAUUUCCAUUUUAUCGACUACAGCUAGGGGUGGAUGAGUGAAAUUUAAACAAGGGUUAAUUUGAGCUCUGUUCAAAUCCGAAAUGGUUAGAUCGAGAUAGAGCUUGAUUGAUAAACAGUAUUGUUGGAGAAUAACCUCAAAAUGCCUAUUCGCUUGUUACUGGAGAAGAGUCUUUAAAAGUAAAGGAGAAGAAUUAUAAGAGAAAAAAAAUCAGUGGUGAACUGAGAUUUGGUGUGGUAAUGCCAGAAGGGCAAGAGGAUUCGAGUUGAGUCAAGUUCCAAACACAAAUUUCUUCAGCUCAAACUUGAUUUGUUGGAUGUGAACAACAUUCAGAAUCCACUCCUAUUUAUUGUAGUAGAAGCCAGGCAGCUUAGUCUGCAAUGUUAAUGAGCCGAUUUUGAUCA